GGAGGACUGCAGCGACCGGACCGCGGCACCGGGACGGAGACGAGCCCUCCGCGCGGGAUGAAGUAUCGAGAGGAAAACGACAUGAGGAAACCGCGGCUCUCCACGGAGGAUUUGCUCUCUCGUGAAACGUAGCAUUUCUGCUCCAUCCGUCGCGCUGCUUCAUCCCCGCCGUGAAACGGACGUUACGGUGUGAGGGAGCGAACAGAUGAGUCACGCGUGACUCGCGUGUGAUACAUGAUCUCACAAUGUGAGUCUUCUCGCUGGCCAUGGAGCUAAUUGGACCGACGGAAAGGGAGGACGGGAUUUUUCUCAUACGUUGACUUUGCCGAUGUCCAAAUAAGUUACAAUCUCAGGCGGUGGCGAGGCAAUGACCGAAUUCAGAUGAAAUGAGGUCACGCUGAUAAGUAGCUGGGUGAUGGAACAUAAUCAUAAAUGGACUCUUAUCACCGUGGCUGGAGUGUGUGAGGUUACAUGAUACUUCUGCGUGUGUGUGUUUGACUCAAAGGAGUGAGUUUUGAUGCUUCAUGCAGCGAUGUUGCGGCGUGGCCUGCUAGCCCGGGUCUCCCGUGUUGGAGGCGUGCUGGUUCUCCUUUGCUGCUCACUGUCGCUCCUCUAUGUGAUGACCUGCAGUCCGCCGCACCACGACGACCCUCCGCUGAGCCACGCUCUCCCCCGUGCCGGACCCAACCACCCAAGCCUCGGGGGCACGGGCCCGGGGAUUGGAGCGGGAGCCCCUCAAAGCGGCGGCCCCCCCGGUGCUCAAUCUUAUCAGGUGCUCCUCCAAGAGCGCGAGGAGCAGCACCACCUCCACAUCUCCUCCUUGAAGAAGCAGAUAGCUCAGCUGAAGGAGGCCUUGCAGGAGCGCAGCCAGCAGCUGAAAGGAGUGCAGGAGAGUCUGAAGAGAGCCACCGGGGGCCCAUCAGGAGGACUGGAUGCUGGGUCGCAGGGAGGUGGUCUCGGGGAGGUCCAGGGGGUCAAGAGCCAGCAGGGAGACCUCCAGGAGUUCCUGAGGAGCCAGCUGUCGAAGGCCGAAGUCACCGCGGGAGCCCGAUUGCCCAGCGAGUACGCGGUGGUGCCCUUUGAGAGUUUCACCCUGCAGAGGGUGUACCAGCUGGAGAUGGGGCUGACGCGGCACCCCGAGGAGAAGCCGGUGAGGAAGGACAAGAGAGAGGCGCUGGGGGAGGUGCUGGAGACGGCCCUGCACAGCCUCAACACGCCGUCGUCCCAGCAAGACAGCCGGAGCGCAGCCGAAAACACUCAAACAAGCAAAGUGUACACACCCUCCGACUUCAUAGAAGGUGUCACCCGGACAGAGAAGGACAAAGGCACCCUGUACGAGCUGACCUUCAGAGGGGAGUCGAGCACCGAGUUCCGGCGCCUGGUCCUCUUCCGCCCCUUCGGACCGCUGAUGAGGGUGAAGAACGAGAGGGUGAACACGGCCAACAUCCCCAUCAACAUCAUCGUGCCGCUGUCCAGGCGCACGGACAAGUUCAAACAUUUCAUGCACAACUUCAGGGAAGUCUGUGUGCGCCAAGACGGCCGGGUCCAUCUGACGGUGGUAUAUUUUGGGAAGGAACAGAUGAGCGAAGUCCGCGGCACUCUGGAGAACACAUCCAGGGAAGUUAAUUUUAAGAACUUCACUCUGCUGCAGCUGGACGAGGAGUUUUCUCGGGGUCGGGGUCUCGACGUCGGGGCCCGAGCCUGGAAGGGAGGCAACGUGUUGCUUUUCUUCUGCGACGUGGACAUCUACUUCACCGCUGACUUCCUCAACACCUGUCGACUCAACACGCAGCCUGGUAAAAAGGUGUUCUACCCGGUGUUGUUCAGCCAGUACAACCCCACCCUGAUCUACGGCAGCCAGGAGCACGUCCCCCCCGUAGAGCAACAGCUGGUGAUCAAGAAAGACACGGGGUUCUGGAGGGAUUUUGGUUUCGGCAUGACGUGCCAAUACAGGUCCGACUUCAUCAACAUAGGAGGUUUUGACAUCGACAUCAAAGGCUGGGGGGGUGAAGAUGUCCACCUGUACAGGAAGUACCUCCAUAGCAACCUCCUGGUGGUCCGAGCGCCGUCGCGAGGCUUGUUCCACCUGUGGCACGAGAAGCAGUGCGCCGACGAGCUCCCUCCAGACCAGUACCGCAUGUGCAUGCAGUCCAAGGCCAUGAACGAGGCCUCGCACGGCCAGCUGGGGAUGCUCUUCUUCAGGCACGAGAUCGAAGCUCACCUCCGCAAACAGAAACUGCAGCAGCAGAACUCAAACCCCAAGAAGUCAUGAGGACCUCAAGAUGGUGGAAUUAUGACUGCAGUGACCAAACUACAUCCGAUUAUGAAGGAAUGUGUCGACAUUUAAGAAAACAAGAGUUGGAUUGAUAACACUCUUCUGUGUACAUGUGGACCUGGAAGCAGCAGGUGGAUUAGCUUAGUUUAGCACGAAGAAGGUGAAAGAAAAGCAGCCUGCUCUCUAAUCCGUGCAAAAAGCGAAAUGUCAAAAUAAUAAAUUGCAUUUGCACGUCAGACAAUUUAUUGGCGGAAAUAGUCAUGGCAAACAUUUUGUUUUCUUUGAAGAGAGCCAGGAAUGGUUGUCCACCCCCACUGUUUCCUGUUGUUGUGCUAUGCUAAGCUAACUGUCUCGUUAGCAUACAAAUACAAGAGCGGUAUCAAUCUUCUCAUAUAACUCCCAAAAUGUCAAACUAUUCCUUUUAAUGAAAAAAUACUCGAGGCACUUUUUGCUCUGGAAUUCAAAAUUAAGAUGAAUUCAAACUGACUUGAGGAUCUGGAGUUGGACUUUAAUCACCAGAUCUGAAACGUCACUAUGACAUUUAAUGUUUGUAUUUUCCUCUUUAACUGCAGGAAGGACUUUUUAGAAAGAAAAGACAGCGUUUGAGCGACAUCAUCGCGUGCCUUGUGUGUAUUACACUUGAACAACUACCUGUUCAGGAAAUGAAACGUGUGUUUUUAUGUGUCGACAACCAGCGCCACCUAGUGGACUGAAAGUGAAACAUCAACAAUGAAGGACUCUUUUUAAAGCCUGGAAUGGCCAAAACAUAUUAUUUUUUAUAAAUUAUUAUUUCCUUUAUUUAUGUUUGUUAUUCCAUAGUUUAUUAUUAUUUCUGAUGCAAUUGCUGCAUGGACAGUAUUAUGUCACCAUUAAACUCUUUAAUAAAUAGUCAAAGAUAUAAGUGCUAUGACAUUGUUGUAUGUAACUAUGCCCAAAAUAUUACUUAAGAUAAAUACAUUUUUCAAAUGUAUAAUUUAAAGAAUAAGAAUAAUAAUUUGUGUUUGUCACAUACCUCAUUUGUGGACAUAUAAUCAGGAUUACUGACUGACAGUAAUACUGUUCACUUUCCUGACAUCGACGAUGACUUAAUAAGUCAGACAUAUUGACUUUAAUAUUUCUGUCAAUCAAAUUACAUUACAUGUCUUACUGAGCAGUCACAGAAACUGGAGAUGUUGUAUAUUUAGAGAUAUAACUGCCUCGAUGGUUACUUUAUAUUAGAUUUAAUACAGUCUCCCAUAAAUCUGGCUCCAGCACUUCAAUCAAAAGGAGCUGUACAUGUGGUGGAUGACCAAAGAUGUGAAAGAGGCACUAUAUUGUGUUUUUAUUUUUUGCCUAUUAAACAUUCCUUGUUAAAAAAUACAUUCAAUGCUUUUGAAAGGUAAGUUUCCAGUUUAUUUUUUCAUUUCAUGUUGAAGAGUUGAAUAAAACAUAUGCGUGUGCAUUGAA